AUGCCAUCUCUGGCUCUAGCAGCAGAGGACGAGACCCUCACGACGAUUGAAUUCAAACCCGUCCACGGUGAGUCUGCUCAUGGGGAGUACUUCGUGGCUUGUGUCGACGAUCUGUUAUGAACGAUAGUUUUUUGUCUUCUGGCGUGCUUCAAGUUCAAUCUCUAUUUUAUAGCCUCUAAGCACAACUUCCAGUUUCACUUUCACCUUACAAGUUGCAACGAACUACGCUGGUCUAGUGCAGGUACUGCUACCUUGUCGCCAAAGUAGAAGCAAAGGAGACAAGAUGCAUAAUUAGAUCGCUUUCUUUUAUACCUCUAGACUGGGUAGUACAUGACUACUUCUAGCACUACUUCUAGCGAUACAUAAACAAGAAACCCACACAAGAACUUCUACUUCUAAUUUUAGCAAGCUGUGAGAGGAAAUGCGAAACCCUGUACGGACACGAUGCCAACCUGAAGGAAACGUGUCAGAUGGCGGUCACGCGACAUUUUCUCGGAAGGUCGUCUCUAACGUUUAUGAAAUAGUAGGCUGAUGUACAUGUAGUAGCUGCAUUGUGUAUAAGAAUAGUCUGGAGAACGAGAUGAAUGUCGCCCACAACACGAUGAUGAACAACAUGAUUCACGAAUCGAUUUGGCGAUUUUCAAUCAUCUGUCGUGUCUUUGGUGUAGUAUGUGAGAUGAAGGUCUUUACCGGGUGGACAACCAUGGGGCUCACUUUUUUCAAUUAGUUGCUGCUACAUAGUACAUCUGAGGAAGACGCCGGAGUUCCACCCUCUCUCCUUUCAUGUUACGUUUCGAGGCAUCAAGUUGUUACGUGGAGGUGUUACGCGAAAGGCACCGGAAGUAUUCUGACGAACCUGAGACCAAUAGCGACACAGAGCUCGUACUUCACAGUGGGGAACGGACACGACCAAAGAGCAGCGCUGUUGGCCUCGUCAAAAGGCACAAAGGAUGUUUUCCUUAUCAUCUUCCGAAUGCCACAACGGAACGCGAAGUACAGUCUACAGCGUGCCGCGGUUGUUGUACUACUAGCACCACGAGUAGAAGUGCUUAUUGUACUAGGAGCAGCAGCAGCUGCAGUCCUAGCGCAUGUUGCCGCGCAGUAGUUGACAACUUCACUGAAUGUGGCAACGUAGUAGACCUCGUUCGACUACGAGAUCUGCGUGUGGGACAGAAAGUGCGUGUGGGAGACGAUAGAUUCGAACCAAUACUAGGCUUCUUACAUAAAGAUGAGUCCGUCUCCUCCGUCUUUUGCGAUGUCAGCUACAACUGCAUUGAAGACGCCAGCACUGGCGGAUCUAUUCGCUUGACACCAGAUCACAUGGUACUUAUUUUACAUAUUAAAGUAGACACGAGUUUCUCAAGAUAUUCAUAUCGUAUUUCUCAAGAUAUUCAAUAUAUGGAGGAUAGCAAGUAUUUGAGUUUUGUAGAUGGGGUCUUCGACAAUUCUUGAUUAAUUUGUCUACCUGACGUCUGCGCCUUCAGUCUAGAAACUUCAUCAUUCUUCUUAAACGAAGAUGCAAGUUAUGUUGUCGCAACGAAAUUUAUAGCAUGUUUGUUGUACGCUGCGUCACAACGAAAUUCAGAGUAUCGAUUCGAUCCCUUCACCAACGAGUAAGUCCUUUCAAACGGAUAAAACCACAAAAAGGUAUUCGUCUCUUCAAGCCCAUGCGAGAAAAGCGCUAAAAUGGCACAAAGUCUUACUCCCAGAGUGGACAGGCUUCUUGUCUGCCGAGCGAAUUGCUCCACUCAGGAAGCAGAAAUAGUUUCUGUUAUGGUUUUAGUUUUUGCUACUUGUAGAACAUUAUCAACAUAAAAUACACACUAGUUACCAAUAUACGCCGAAAAUAGCCAGACUCUGCUUCACCAUUUAUUUCAUCUUCCAUACAAAUUUUCUAAUUCCCUCACUCCGGUGCAAAGUAGAGGAAUCUGCGCUCCGUUGACCGAGUCGGGACGCAUUGUUGUGAAUGGGGUACUCAGUAGCUGUUAUGCGCAUGCUAUGCUCGGGCACGAAUCAUGUCACGCUGUUCUUGCACCCUUGCGAUGGAUGUUGCGCGCGAGACUUGAGUGGUUCACGCGCCAGGAAAACGAGCGGGCCAAGACAGCUGCCGCUGCUUUCCUUGUAUUGACAAGCCUGCCUGGUGGUCAUCAUGAUAUCGUGGUGAAGAACCUGCCUCCAAUCGGAUCAUAAUCAUGUUAGAAAACAGUGACGCAAUAAAAAAUCACGAACUACUAAGUGGAUUGUUUCUACUAACUUGCUACAUGUACAUCACAAUGACGUAGAACUUUUCCGGGCCACGACCUAGAC